AUGAUGAAGUCGAUGUGGAAAAACAGCCGACAAUAUCUGACCAUAAACCACCCAGAAGUAACCAAAAAACAAAUCCACUUUCCAGUUUCUACGAUGCGACGGGACCUUUCCCCCGCCUCUCGCCAACAGGCAACAACUUGUUCCUACCAUCACAACCCGCACGCCUCACAUGCGCGCACCACCGCCGCCCUUUCAUGCCCGUAGCCAACGGGCACCGCGUGUCCACGCGUGCUGCCGCAGUCCUGCAUUCCCGCAUCCUCCGCGCGCUCAGCAGGCCUGCCCGGGCUGGAGAUUGGAGCAGGACACCCGCCCCUCCUCAUGAAGGCGUGCGCACGAAUGAGGUGUAGAAACCAAGCUGCCCGCGACCUCAAACGCGCUUGUUUCCAACGCACGUGCCACUCGGGGGGGCUCCCCCUCGCUCGAGUCGGGGAUUUUUUUUUCCAGCCUCCCCGCACUGGCCGGAUGAGAGUGACCGCGCGCAGUCCCGUAGUGACUAGAGAGCGAGACCCAUGCGGCGCGUGCAUAUCUCAUGCGCUAGUGCUGCAGGCUGCGUACCGAAGCACGCUCGCACGCCCUAGCGAGUUGCUUUCUCUGAAGAUGGAAGACGCCUUUGGUGGCGGGCAGUUUGUCCCACAGCGUGAGUUGCUGGACCAGGUCCGCAUGUGGAGGCGAGGAUAUAAAGACGCGGAGCGGGGCGGCGGUGAGUGUGUAUCAGAGGAACAUCGGCAGGUGCUCGUCGCGGCUGGCAGGAAGAUGAAGCGCUUCAUGGAGAGACUGUGCAAGGGCUUCUGGGGGCGCUCCCCGGACACGGCGAAUAUCUUGUACGGCUACCAUCUGCUCAGCGUGUACAUGAGUCAGCAAGCACGGCAGGGCGCGUUUUAGAGCGAGCCAUCGUGAGGACAAGACCCAAGUUGAAGGCCGUGCGGCGAUGGUGGUUUGGCUUUGCGCUAUUGUAGUCUCGACUAAGUCAAGACCAAGCCUGCAGUUCCACGUCGCGGACGCUUGUAUCGCCGAAAGACCUCUUUAUAGUUUCGGCCAGUUCGCAGAUGGAUGAUCUUUUUUCGCAACAUCCGAACGGUUCCAAGACCGAAAGGCUGUGCUGAGAAGAAAAUGUGUCUCACAUUGCGUGAGAUGCAGUAAGAAAUUAGCAGCGGGCGGUUUGUGUAAAGUGCGUGGGAUAUGCACUUUGAUACGCUCUGCGCUGCUCCACUAAGUUUCGCGUAGCCCAUUGUUCCACUGGGGAUGAUGUUGAACAUGACUUCAUGCUGAAUAGUGUAUCUGUAACUCACUCAUGUAAAUUUUCAUCUUGUGCUUUCGCUGCACAUGUAUUCA